AUGCAGUAGCCAAAAUCAUAACAGCUAUCAGUCUAGGCACAGAAAGAGAGAGAUCGCUUAAAGGCUUAACGGGAAGGAUAAUUAAAUAAAAAAGAAUAGGCUUUGAAUAAGUUAAGUGAUGAAGAAGUCGUGGCCUAACUUAAAGCCAAAGGACUGGGUGUGUAUGGAACAAAACAAGAAAAAUUAGAGAGGUUAAAGAAGGCAAUUGGGAUUGAAGUAAGCAAAUGCGAAUAGGUACCCUAACAGCAAUAAAUACCAGUUCAGUAACCGCCAUAACCUCCAAAAGGGUCGGUGGUUGAUAACAUAAAGAAAAUGGAACAGUAGAGGGAAGAGAGAAGAAAAAACAUGUAGGAAAUGAAAAGGGAAAAGGCUGAAAGAGAAGAGUAGAAUCAAAUACUAGGUAAAAAUAAGCAGACUUAAAGGAGGAUUGAUAUAAGAGCAUCAAACAACACAAAAUAUUUUAAAUUAUGUGUAUGUGUUAGGAAGAGACCCAUCUUCAAAAAGGAAGAGGUGGCUGGGGAAAUAGAUGCAAUCAGUUGUGCUAAUCCGAUGAUUCGAGUACAUGAAUCAAAAUUAAAAGUAGAUGGCAUUACAAAAUAUAUUGAAAAUCACGAUUUUUAAUUCGACAACACUUUUAGUGAAGUAGAAUAAGGAAAGGAUAUAUAUGAAGUAAGUUUGGCACCAUUAAUGGAAUUGUUGGUCAAUUAAGGUGUGGUUACAUGUUUUGCCUAUGGAUAGACAGGUUCUGGAAAGACCUAUACAAUGAAAAGCAUUCAAGAACUAUUAGCAAUUGAUCUAUACAAGUUGAUUAAUGCUUCUCCAUAACUCAAGAUUGUGGUAUCAUUUUUUGAAAUUUAUGGAGGAAAAUGUUAUGAUUUAUUAAAUAAUAAAGCACCGUUAUAAAUUUUAGAAGACAAAAACAAUAAUAUACAAGUUUAAGGACUUAUUGAAAGGCCCUGCGAAUCUGAAAAUGAAUUGUUCUAACUCAUGGAACUUGCCAAUUCUGUAAGAACUACUCAUGCAACUGUAGCGAACGAUACAUCAUCAAGAUCACACUCCAUUUGUUAGAUAAUGAUAAGAUAGGGCUAUGCUGAUAUGGGAAAACUUAUCUUGGUAGAUUUAGCAGGAUCAGAAAGAGCUUAGGAUACUCAAUCAAACAAUCGACAGAGAAGGUUGGAGGGAGCUGAAAUCAAUAAGAGUCUUUUAGCAUUAAAGGAGUGUAUAAGAGCCAUGGAUUCAGGCUAAGGUCAUGUGCCUUUCAGAGCUUCAAAGCUUACUUUAGUAUUGAGAGACUCAUUCACAGCAAAAUCAAAUAAAUCUAGAAUUAUUAUGAUUGCAUGUAUCAGUCCUGGAAGCUCCUCAGCUGAUCAUUCAUUAAAUACGUUGAGAUAUGCAGAUAGGUUAAAAGAUAAAUCAAAUUAAGCAAAAGUAUAGUUAGAGGAAAGGGAAGUUUCAAAUGAAGAAUUAUUAUACCGAUAGUAAUAACAAAAUAUGUAUGAUAAUAAACCAUAAGAAAAUAACAAUAAUAAUAACAAUAACAAUAAUAAUAACAAUAACAAUAUUAAUAACAAUAAUAACAAUAACAAUAAAUUAGCAUAAUAAGAUAAAUAAAAUACUCCAUUAUAAUUACCAAAAAUUAAUGAUGCUCGAAAUUAGAAUAAUUAGAAUGCUGCUAAUGUGAAAAAGAACUAAUCUCAAGGACCGGAUAAAGAGAAGCCGAAAUCUCAACCUGUUCCACCACCGAAAUAAUCUAAAAGAAUAAAUUCAGUGCAAGAGGAUUCUGAUGACGAAGUCGCUUAAGAAGAGUUAGUUAAUAAAAAAAAUGGUUAAGUUAAAGAAGAUGUAAGAUGCAUGAAAGAAACAAUGAUGAAAAACGAGUAAAAUAAUGCCAAUGGUAAUGGGAAUGAAUUUUUUGACUUUCAUGAGAAGGUGAAUACGAUUUUCGAAGAAUAAGACGAAAUCCUUAAUAUCCAUAUGGCUGCCAUUAAAGAAGAUGCAAAAUUUUUGUAGCAGGAGAGCGAGUUGAUUCAGUAUAUAUAGGGAUUAGGCUUCGUGGAUUAUGAUGUGGAUGCUUAUGUUGGUAAUUUGGAAACUUUUAUUAAGAAGAAACUUAAAAUCUAUAAUUUGUUAAACAAGAAAUUGCAAGUGUUCAAGACUCACUUGAAAGAGGAAGAGGAGAUCAGUUCAAAGAUGAAGAAUACAUUCUAUUAUUGA